AUGAAGAUCCUGUGCGCCACGAUCGUUUUGUUAGGCUUCUGUGCGACGCUCAACAAUGCUGGAAUGUAUCACUACAACAAGCAACCUGAAGGACCACCACCAUCCCAUCCACAAUAUCUGCCUAAUUAUGAUGUCCCUUCGUACCAGGAUUACGAAACGGUCAAGCACCACUCCUGGGGAAAUCAACCUUGGAAACCAAUCACCAAUUUCCCAUGGCCCGGACCGGAACAUGGACACGAGCUGCACUAUCCGCCACAUUAUCACCACGGACCAACUGUGCCAUGCAAGCACAAGGUGCACACCACGAAGCAUUUCACAACAACCACGACGACACACAAGCCUACCACGACGACGACGACCACAACGCAUCGUCCGGUUGAAACCAAGAAGCCGCAUCUGCUGCUUGAGAAGUUGGGCAACACCCAUAAGCAAACCACAUACUGA